AUGGACAUGUACCUUCCAUCUACCCACAGGGGAAGCAGAGAAAGACGUUGUGAUAGAAUGAGGGGGACUGAAAAUGAUGAGAAUGGCCAGGCAGAAAACUUUUCCAUGGACCCACAGUUGGAGAGGCAAGUGGAGACCAUUCGCAACCUCGUAGACUCCUACAUGUCUAUCAUCAACAAAUGUAUCCGAGAUCUAAUUCCAAAAACAAUAAUGCACCUUAUGAUCAACAAUGUUAAAGAUUUCAUAAAUUCAGAGCUCCUGGCACAGUUAUAUUCUUCGGAAGACCAGAAUACUCUCAUGGAAGAAUCCGCAGAACAGGCCCAGCGCCGGGACGAGAUGCUUCGAAUGUACCAGGCCCUGAAAGAGGCCCUUGUGAUCAUUGGUGACAUCAACACUGCCACCACCUUCACCCCUGCACCACCUCCCGUGGACGACUCCUGGAUACAGCACUCCCGCAGGUCACCUCCUCCGAGCCCCACAACUCAGAGGCGGCUGACCCUGAGCGGUCCCCUCAGUCGACCCGCAUCCGGUAGAGGGCCUGCGCCAGCCAUUCCCUCUCCCGGCCCCCACUCGGGGGCGCCCCCCGUGCCCUUCCGGCCAGGCCCGCUGCCCCCUUUCCCCAGCAGCAGCAGCAGCAGCAGUAGCAGCAGCAGCAGCAGCGACUGGUCCGGAGCGCCCCCACAAGUGCCCUCACGGCCCACCAGGGCCCCACCCAGCGUCCCAAGCCGGAGACCACCCCCAUCACCAACUCGUCCCACUAUAAUCCGUCCACUAGAAUCCUCCCUGUUAGACUAAACGAAGUGUCUGGCAUGGCAAUUAAUUACUAAUGAAUUAUGUGAAAGCAACAUAUUUGAUCAGUAAAUCAUGAGUAGUCGCAUGUGUGGACAUCAGUAGGCAAGUAACCAGUUUUACUAAUGCAUUUUCGCUCAUCUUCUUUGCUCAUGGUGUAUCAAACCUUUGGAGUUUGACUCUUGAAAACUGCUAACCCUUUGAGGCUUUAUAUGUACUAUUGACCGAGGGUAGGUUUGUAUAGCAGCCUGGCAGUGGGGGACAAUUUGCCUACCCUGGCAUAUAUUUGAAAUUGCUUUGGACAAGUUCCCAGGUUAUCUACCAGGUAGCCCAUUAAGUAUAAUUCUUAAGAGCUAUGAGAUGGUGGGCUUAGACCUACAUUUAUUAUAUUUAUUUUCCCACAUUCUGUUUUGGCUGACAAAAAUUAUGUUGUCUAUUAUUAAUGUU